GUCUCGCGGAGCACGGAGCGGUCGGAGAGCGAGCGGCCAGUCAGUCGUGCCGCGCGGCGCCGCGCUCCAUCGCCGCCGAGCGCCGAGAGCGCUACAUCACGCGCCCCGCGCGCUACUAUGCGACUCGCGUGUCGCGCUCACUCGUGUUGUGGUGCUUUAUGAUGGUACGGCAUGAGAGUGCCAGAUAUGCGGACGUUCCGUGACAGACGUGCUGCUCAACUCGCCACCGCCACAAGUGGGCGGAGAGACGGGACGCGUCCUAGGCUGCUCAGGGUGUGCUGUAACGCGAAGUGGGCAGCAGGGUGUGGUGAUGGAGGUGGUAAUACUGAGAGCGAGAGCCCAACUGAAUCGUCUAGUGUCGUCGGGUGAGAGGCGCGCGGGGGGCGGCGAGCGCUCGCCCCGUGCGGAGGGCGGUGGCGCGGCGGCGGGGGGCGCGGGGCGCGAGCGCAACGCCAGCAUGGCGCCGGCCGCGCCCGCGCCGGCGUCCACCGCGCCCUGGCUCAACGCCACGCUCGUCUACAACGCCACCCGGCUCAACGCCACUUUUGACACCGACUACGAAUUGCUCAGUUCCAAUUCCACCGACGAACACCAUCAUUGGUUUUGCGCGAAAUGGACCAACGCACAGCAAGAUCUCUUUCAGGCUGCCAACUUGUGCUUCGCGAUCGCAUUCCUAGCACCAAAGAGCUUUAAGCAGAGUAUCCUAGUACUGCGCGCGCUGGCGGCGGCGGGCGCCGUGCUCAUGGGGCUGUGGGCGGGCGCCGAGGUGUGCGCGCCAGACGUGCUCGCCUGGAGCCUCGCGCUCGUGCUCGUCAACUCUAUACAUACUGUAUUUCUUAUUAUAAGGUUUCUUCCUCCAGCACUAUCUCUCGAGCUAACAGAUUUAUACUUGAAGCUGUUCAAGCCUCUAAAAGUGAACAAGAAGCACUUCACGGAACUGACACGAGAAGCUAGGAUAGUGCGGCUCGAGCCCGGCGAGGCGUACGCGGUUGAAGAAGUGACGCCGGCAGACGAGAGAUUGUCUAUACUUCUAAAGGGAAAAAUGCGAGUUAGCUGUGACGAGACACAUCUGCACUACAUACAGCCCUACCAGUUCGUCGAUUCUCCAGAAUGGGAAGCCAAUCGCGAACAAUCAGACGACGUCUUCCAGGUGAGCGUGAUUGCGGAGGAGGUGUCCACGUGCGUGUGCUGGCCGCGCAUGCGCCUGGAGCGUGUGUUGCGUCACCGCCCGGCACUCAAGGUCGUGCUCGACUGCCUUAUAGGCAAGGAUAUAACGCACAAGCUGUACUCAGUGAGCGAGGGUUUGGGCGCCGGCGUAGGAGCCGACAAUGACGGGCCGCCCUCCCACCUGACGCGCUCCGCCAGCGUGGAUGCUGUGCACGAGGGCACGCGGGGACGCCUGCGCAGUAAUGCGUGGCGCGCGCGCACCACUGUCACAAAAGGGACAUCUUACUGGCAGCCAAUGGUGGCCCGUCAGUUCCUGCGACAAUCGCCAUUUGGGCGAGUGGCCCAACCACCGCGGUUGCUCGCGCAGGCAUCGUCAGCGAGCCUACAGCCAGCAGCGCCACCUCGGCGACGGAGUCCACCGCGACGGACGACGUCGUUCCGCCGCGGCAGGGAGGUCAAGUUUGCGGAGAUGACGAUAGCUACGGAGCCGGCUGUGUGACGCGGGCCGCGGCUCCAGCCCGAGCUGGUGCCGCUCGUCUCUCCACAAACCUUCUCCCCCACUCACAUGUCGCCAUCUCUCAAGACACCCUGACCGUUAACCGAGCGAACGGACUCGCCUCGUACCACAGACUUCUAGCGAGCCUUCGUUGUCUACAAAUACUUGGUGCCCUUAUAACACAGUGCUGUAUUUUAUAUUGGAAAAUAAACGUUUAAGUACAAGUGAAAUACGGAAACAUGUUUACGUUAGUGGUUUGAGUUCGUUCACAAAAAUUACCCGUUAAACAACUCGGCGUGUACUGUGACGUUUUCUCGUUUGCUCGAACAAAGACUUAUGCGGUGGAACUAUGUAAAGUCCUACAGUGGCACUGAUGCAGCAAGUGGACGCUUAGUGUAUAUUGAAUAUUAUAAUUUUAAUGAGUGCCGGUGUAAUAUUGUAAUUAUUGUGUGAGAAAGUAGUCUAGUGCCGACGUACCUAUUGACUGUAUGCAUUGCAGUGUACAGGAUUACUUAACGCUCAAGUACUAACCAAAAUGAACACUAUGCUAAAGUGACAAGUUUUAUAAUUGCAAAUAAUGCGAACAGAGCGAUGAAUAGUUCCAUAUACUGAUAGAAUAAAGGAAUUGUAAUUAUACCUAAUUUUUUAGAGAUCAAUAAUUCAAAUGUGGAAUUCUAAAAGUAUUUUAAUGUUAAAGUAAUUAAUUGUUUAUUAGUGGUAAGAUGUGUUAAAUUCGUGAUAAAAUAUUAAAGUUACUGCGCGAGUUUAUAUUAUGUAAUAUUCAUCAAAGGUUUACUGCAUACAUAUUUUCGAAAUCCGUGUUCUACAUUUAACAUAAGUGCGUAUGAACCUUAAAACUAUUUUUCUUUCUUCUGUCGCAAAAGGAAUUGUUAGCUGAUGUAUGCCUGCCUUCGUUUUCAAAUAUAAACAAAAAGUCCUGGUGUUACAAAGGUGGCAAUGCCUCAAUAUUUCUUAGAAUCUUACAUAUACCCCGAAGGUAUCUGUAUUUCUACAAUAUAUUCUAAAAUAAAAACAAAGACUUAAUUCGAUGAUUUACACUGCAACUUUUAAAUCCUAGUUUACAAUUUCAAAAACGCUUCUGUUCCGAUUAAAAUUUCAUUUCACCAAAAAGGGUCAAUUUAUAAAUCACUCGUGAUAGUUACAAAACUUGUGAAAAUUACAACGAAAGCAAUGGUUUGUGUUAGUCUGUUAGUGUAGUCGAUGUCCGUGCUUAUUGUAUCCAAAACAGAAAAUAAGGGAAUACUUCCAAACCUCCCCGUAAUUAUCUAUCUCAGUCCAAUUUAGAAAGCUGAUUUAUCAGUCAUAAUACCUUCUCGGUACAUAUGUAUAAACGAAUCUUUUAUUACCAAUCCAUUGACCACAAUGAAAUAAAACAGCAUUGCUUAUCACUAUCUAUCUAUCUACUUAUUGUCUACAUCGAUCAAACUCCGGUAGCCAAGGUUGAAGUCAUGGCAAGUCUUUGAAAUUCGUGUGGUCAAUAUGAACCUACCCUUUUACUUAAAUUAAUCUUUGUCCUUAAACUAAUCCCAGAUUUUCAUUGCAAUAUUUAAUUUGACAUGAAAAUUGAUAUUAUAAACGACUCGUUUAAGUACACCAAAAAACGGAAUUUAUAGAUAGAUAUAACUUUAAGAACUGUUCUAAUGUUCAAAUUGCACAUUUGGAAUAUCUCACUCAAAGAAAAAAUAUUCAAAUUCAUCUAAAUGCUAAGAGCUGAGCUUUUAGUAAAUGUAUUUACUCAUAUUGUGUAAGCGUCAAGAGACUCGCAAUCUCUACUUAAAUAAGUGUCAUGACACAUCUGAAUAUAGAGAGAUUCAAAUAUCACAAAUCGAAGGAAUAAUUGGCAGUAAAAGUACGCCACUGAUGAAAAGGAAUUCUGACUUCAUAUUUGUGAUGUUUGGAUCACAAUCAUAGUACAUAAUUACUCACUUCGAUGUUUAGUUGAUGUUGUUGCUUCACUAUACGUGUACGGUGUCAGACUAGAUGGGCAUGUAGUUCGGUACCUACUUACUGUUCUAAAAUUCGUCGGAAUUGUACUGUCGACGAUUAAUACGUAAUAUAAGAGACCGUACAACGAGGAUCAAGUCAUCACUCUUCACUAUUAGAUAGGUAAUCUUAAUACAAUGAGUGAUACGUGCUACGUACUCUAAUUAUGAUAGUCUACGGCAACCAGAGAGAACUUCUAAAUGAUAAGAUAUAACAAAAUAGAUAUACAACCUUAAAUUUUCUGAUAUAAAUAUUGCAGAGUAUUUUUUACGUUUUGUAACGUAUUUAAAAUUGACAAAUAGGCAACAGUGUCGCAUUAAGAAAUUGAUAGACAAGUUACUAUUUUCAAUGUAUCUAUUUUUAAUACUAACCGGAGUAUUUUAAAUUGCAUCCCCAUAAAGUAUUAUUUUCUAUAAUUAAUUCUGUUUAUAAACCCUUCGAAAGUUCUGUAAUCUUCCAUAUUUACUGAGAUGAGUGAAUGAUUUGUUAUCCCAAAGCGUUAUUGGGAAUGCUUCCCUUUGAGUCUUCCAAUUUCAGUGUAUUCUAUUGUUGGUCUGAAUUUCUAGAUGCAGGAACCCCUUGUCUAGGAAAGUAUCGAUGUUUCCAAACAGCAGUCUUGUGAUGAAUGAAUGAUCUCGGCGUUACAUCCUGAUUGUACGGUGUCUGUCACGAAUACAUAUCGUUCUUCGUCUUGUCUCGUCUUGUUAGUUCUUUCUCUAAUGGUGUAGUAAUGUUCUCGGUGGGCUAAUUUUUUAAUGCAGUAGUUUAUACGAACAGACUAUACAUUAAAUAGGUAUUCACCACAUUUUCACUGUCAUCAUAGCAGUAAAACGCUUUGUUAACGAUUUAACUAGUGGCAGGAGGCGGUCAGGGAAAAUUGCGAUGUUGUUACUUGGUAUCAAAUGAGGAAAACUAUUCACUCGCUUACAGGCGUCACUUACCUACGUAACUUUGGUAACAAUGUCGCAUCUUUCCCUUCGUCUUGAUGCAAAUUACAAAAAUGUUGGCCUUGCUCUUAUGGUGUAAUAAAAUAACAUUAUAAAAGGCUAGUGAAAUUUUGAUAACUAAAUACCAACUAGACUUGAAAUUAUAAAUUGAUAAGGUAAAUCAUUACGACGUUAAUUAUGUAUUCACUAACAUAAAUAAACUCACAGCGUGUUUCAUGUUCAAAUGCUUUUUGAAAUUGUGUGUCAUUAGUUGACUGAUAACGUUUGUGUACCUCAUGCUUAAGACGACUUCGGAACAAGAGACUCGAUGUUAUCACAGGAAUUGGAGCGGCGACAGCCAUGUUUGAUUUCCUAAUUAUUAAAAUGGCAUUGUUAAAAAUCUUCUCAUGCAUUCUGUCCUACUUCCUACAGUACCUACUACUACUAAAGUCAGGAAUUUAAAUAAAUCAAAUCUCAAUUUAUUUCUAAGUUUAGUACGGUGUAUUUAGCGGCUUACAAUAUAACGCGCCCAGUAAAACAUAAAUUAAUGAUAAUGUAAUCGCUUGACUGUAUUCAUUUGUUAGCGUCACUUAGCAUUUGAUAAAGUAAUUUACUGUCAAAGCUAUGUAUAUUUAAUUGUACAAAAUCGGGAGCAAAUGCAACAUUAUUUAACGCUUUAUACUUUAUACUAUUGUUUUUAACUGACGUAGUCUGUGGCUACUAAAGGAUUGUAAUAAUCUGUCUACUACAUAAUGUACAAAGGAAAGAUGUCAAUAUUUAUAUGUUUUAUGCGCUCUGUAUCAUAAGUGAAUGAAGUAAUGUAUGUCUAAAUGUGAUCAAGCACUCGUGUACAAAGUUACAAUGCAAUACCUAGCUCUUCCAGUGGUUCUCCGUGUCUACACAAACUAAGACACGCGAGUCCCAAUUUCUUCCAGUAUCACAACUAAAGUUUUAUACACACAUUCAUUUUAAAUAACUACAUCUAAAUAAUAUAAUGUUGUAUAUUCUUCAGUAUAAUUAGAUAUGUACAUGUAGGCAGUUACGAUGUGAUAAUUACCGACAUAUUCAUAAACUUGUGAAUGGCGCGAGUCGAAGUAUGCACAGUCAUUGUUUUAGAAAAUGUUUUAAUUCAAUUACGUGCAGUGAUUAAAAGCAAUAGUUGAUAGUGAUAAUGACAACUUAAAUGCUAUUUUAUCUGUGUGUUGUUACAUAGUAUGUAUAUUGUAUAAUGUAUUGUAUUGUAUUGUAUCUGCUGCGGACUAAAACAAUGAUCGGUAGCGACACUUUGCAGAGCGCCUCUGUGAUACACGUUAGCUAUUUAGACUAGGAGUCGUCGGUUCGUAUUCAUGUACUCGCAAUCUGAUGUUAUUCUCAUAUGGGUUGCCUCCUGCGUCUCGUCAUACAUGACAUUACAGUUAUUGAUUAUAUUAUUGUAUUUAUUCACUUUAUUAACAUGUUUAUUAUGUCUUUAAUAAAACAAUUGCUUAUUA